CUCAGAGCAGCCUCCCGCCUCUGUCAGUGGAGGACGUCCACUUAAAUGCAGUUCCAGGGUUGCAAGGCACCCAGCCGCAUCACUCCCCGUGUGAGCAGGCAAAUGCAACAUGCUCUCCAGCCUGGGGUGUCUACUUCUCUGUGGAAGUAUUGCACUUGCUCUGGGAAAUGCACAGAAAUUGCCAAAAGGUAAAAAGCCAAGUCUGAAAGUGCACAUCAAUACCACCAGCGACUCCAUCCUCUUGAAGUUCCUGCGUCCAAAUCCAAACGUAAAGCUGGAAGGUUUUCUCCUGGGAUAUGGCAGCAAUGUGUCUCCAAACCAGUACUUCCCUCUUCCCACAGAAGGGAAAUCCACGGAGGCUGUAGUCGAUGCAGAGCCAAAGUAUCUGAUAGUCGUGCGACCUGCCCCUCCUCCCAGCCAGAAGAAGUCCUGUUCAGGUAAAUCUCGGACUCGCAAACCUCUCCAGCUGGUGGUGGGGACAUUGACACCAAGCUCUGUCUUCCUGUCCUGGGGAUUCCUCAUCAACCCACACCACGACUGGACAUUGCCGAGUCACUGUCCCAAUGACAGAUUUUAUACAAUUCGAUAUAGAGAAAAAGAUAAAGAAAAGAAAUGGAUUUUUCAACUCUGCCCAGCUACUGAAACAAUUGUGGACAAUCUAAAGCCCAACACAGUUUAUGAAUUUGGUGUGAAAGACAAUAUAGAAGGUGGAAUUUGGAGUAAGAUUUUCAAUCAUAAGACUAUUGUUGGAAGUAAAAACAAAGUAAAUGGGAAAAUCCAAAGCACCUAUGACCAGGUCCACUCAGUGCCAGCAUAUGUCCCGAGGAAGCUAAUUCCUAUAACAAUCAUCAAGCAAGUGAUUCAGAAUGUUACCCACAGGGCUUCAACCAAAUCCCCAGACAAGACUCCUUUUGGAGGAACAAUAUUGGUUCAUCUUAUUAUUCCGGGUCUUAAUGAUUCCACUGUAAAACUUCCCACAUCCAUAAUGCUUGAGAUUUCGGAUGCUCUCAAGGCACAAUUAGCUAAGAAUGAAACAUUGGCAUUACCAGCAGAGUCUAAAACGCCAGAGGUUGAAAAAGUGGCAGGGCAGCCAGGAACAGUGACUCCGGAAACAGUUUCAAGAAGCACUAAGCCCACUCUGCCUAGCACUUUAGAUACUGCAGAGACAGCACUAGUCCUAGGCGAGAAGACAACAGAAGCAGCACGCUCUGUUCUAAUUCCUGAGUUUGAACUGCCCUUGAGCACUUUAGCUCCAAAAAGGUUCCCAGAGUUUCCUGAGGCAAAAACAGCCUUCCCAUCGGAGAAAGCAGGGGGUUCCUUGGCUUCAAGUGAAGAGUCAUGGGCGGUACCUGGAUCUAAAACAUCUGAAGAUUCCAGAGUUGUACAGCCUCAAACUGCAACUUAUGAUGUUAUCUCAAGCUCAACAACUUCUGAUGACACUGAACUAGAGCCUCACACAGCAACAAGCGAUCCUAUUCUGGACUUUGUCCCGCCUAAAACUUCUAGAACUGCUGAACAGCCAAGGGCAACACUGGCACCAAGCGAAGCAUCAUUUGAAUCCCGAAAUGCGGAAAUCUUCACCAGUCCUGAAGCGAGACCUACAACAGCUGCUCCUCAGCAAACUACAUCCAUCCCUUCCACACCCAAACGACAGUCAGCACCCAAACCGCCAAGAGUCAAACCUGCCCCAGGACCCGAGACUCGACCGUCUGCACAGUCAACAAAGGCUCCACGCACGACCAGAAAACCAGGUCGUCGCCUCCGUCCUAAAACCACACGUAGUCCAGAAGUACCCAAGUCCAAACCUGCUCUUGAACCUGCCACUGUAGCACCGGAGGUCUUGGUACCCACAAUUGUUCCCAAACCACCCCAGAGACCUAAAGCCACACGCCGGCCAGAGGUACCCCACAUCAAGCCUGCUCAUGAGCUGGUCACAUUUGGAAGUGAAGUCCCUGCCCCAGCCAUAGUUACUACUACAGACAUUGAACCUGUAAUUAUGAGAACCAAGGCAUCAGUGACAUUAGCUCCAAAACCAUCAAGACCAAGACCUCACCAUCGACGUCCCAAACAUAAAACCACCCCAAGCUCAAAGCUACCUCAGACUAAACCAGCAGACUUGGGACCUGUCACUCCUGAGCCACCUUUAGCUUCAACAACAAAAAAAGUCCGCCGUCCACUUCCCAAACCUCAAACCACACCCCAUUCAGAAGUACCUCAGACAAUAUUGGUUCCUGCUACAAGCCUUGAACCAGUUAUUAGAACUAAGGCUCCAGAGAUGACAUUAGUUCCCCAACUGCCUCAACAACCAGGCUAUCCAUAUCCCAAACCUAAAGCCACAAAGAGUCCUGCGGCACCUCCGACAGAACUGGUUCCUACUCCAGUCUUUGAACCAGUUACUCCUUUAAAAGAGGAUCCAGUGGCCACAAUAGACCUUGAACGUGUUCCAGACCUUGAAACACCUGUUGCUUUUAGAACUGAGGCCCCUGGGACAACCCCAGCUAGCAAAGUAUCACAGAGAACACGCCGUCCACAACUGAGACCUAAAGCCACAUUGCGCCCUCAAGCACCUCAAACAAAACCUGUUCCUGCUGUAGUCCUGGAACCUGUCACUCUUAAACCUGAGGUUCAAAUACCAACACUAGCUCCUAAAAAAUCAGAGAAAAAACAUCGUCCACAUCCCAAACCAAAGCCUAUACCAAGGCCUGAAGUACCUGAGUCCAAGCCAGUUCCUUCAAGAGAACGUGAACCCGUGACACUCAGAACUGAGACUUGGGUGACAACAAAAGCUACUAAAACACCAAAACGAACCCAUCACCCACGCCCCAAACAUCAAACCACACCAACUCCUGAGGCUCCUCUAACUAAACCUGCUGCUGCUACAGAUCUUGAACCCAGUGCUCUUAGCACCGAAGUGCCUGCAACCGUGGUUCUUGCUACUGCCCUUGCACCUGUCACUCUUAGGACCAAGGCUCCCAAGACAACAACGUUAGCUCCUAAUGUCCAGAGGACACACCGUCCACGUCCCAGACUUAAAACGACAGCAAGUACUGAUGUGUCUGAGUCCAAGUCAGCUCCUACUGAACUGCAAACUCUUGUUUUGCAACCAGUGACCUCACCAAGCCUAGAAAUUACACAAAGUCAAUCUGUUUCUGAUGACCUGGAAUUGGUUGCAUUUAGUACUGAGUCACCACAGAAGACAAUAGCACCAGCUGAAACAGAUUAUGUAGAUACCACCACCAAAGAACCGCUCAGGCCAGAGGAGCCAAGGACGGAAGUGGUGGAUUCUCUUACACAUAUCUCUGAGCUUCCUGAGACCACACUAGCUCCCAGGCAGACAACCAGCACGCCUCCCAAGCUGAAAACACCACACUCAAGAACGCCAGCAAAAGAGCCAGUUCCUAAGGGAUCCCUGCAUACUACUUCAGUGCCACCAAGUCCUGAAGUGGCAGACAUUACAUCUGUUCCAAAAGAUGAACGACUUUCCCAUAAACCAGAUCCUGAGAUCUCUCACAGUGAAACUGUUCUGCCUCCUGUCACCUUUAGAGUUGAGCCACCAAAGACAACAAUAGCACCUUUAGAGACACGGGGCAUUCCUCUCAUACCUGUGAUUUCACCAAGACCUAGUCAAGAGGAACUACAAACCACCAAGGAAGAAACAGACCAGUCUACCCAAGAGUUCUUCACAACUAAGAUUCCACGAACAACUGAAUUGGCAAGGACAACUCAGGCACCAUACAGAUUACACACGACUCCUGUGAGGCCCAGAAUACCUGACAGACCACGAGGCAGACCUGCUCUGAACAAAACAACUACAAGACCUGAUAAAACCAAAUCCAGAGGGAUGGCGCAUAAAAACGGGGUAGGAACAGGAACCAAGCCAGCACCUAAGCCACCCAGUACUGGGAGAAAUGUGUCAGUGGAUGCACAUGCCGCAAGAAAACCAGGCCUAGUCGCAGGGACUCGUCGCCCACCCGUACCACAUAGACACACGUCCCCCAGACCUGUGUCUCCACAGAGAAAACCUUUACCACCGAAUAAUGUCACCGGGAAGCCAGGAAGUGCAGGAAUCAUUUCCUCUGGCCGGGUAACUUCCCCACCCCUGAAGACAACACUCAAACCUAUUGGAACAGCCACAGAGAGACCAGGGGAAGAAAAAAAGCAACCAACUGCUCCUGCUUCUGAAGAAGAAUUUGGUAAUACAACUGACUUUAGUUCAAGUCCCACCAAAGAAACCGAUCACCUUGGGAAGCCCAGAUUCACAGGUCCCCAUGUGCGAUAUAUCCCAAAGCCUGACAACAAGCCCUGUUCCAUCACUGACUCGGUCAGACGGUUCCCUACAGAGGAAGCCAUAGAGGGCAAUGCCACCAGCCCACCACAGAACCCACCCACCAACCUCACUGUGGUCACUGUCGAAGGCUGCCCCUCAUUUGUCAUCUUGGACUGGGAAAAACCUCUAAAUGACACUGUCACUGAAUAUGAAGUCAUAUCCAGAGAAAAUGGGUCGUUCAGUGGGAAGAACAAGUCCAUUCAAAUUACAAAUCAAACAUUUUCUACAGUAGAAAAUCUGAAGCCAGAUACAAGCUAUGAAUUCCAGGUGAAACCCAAAAAUCCACUUGGUGAGGGUCCCGCCAGCAACACAGUGGCGUUCAGUACUGAAUCAGCUGACCCAAGAGUGAGUGAGCCAAUUUCUGCAGGAAGAGAUGCCAUCUGGACUGAAAGACCCUUUAAUUCAGACUCUUAUUCAGAGUGUAAAGGCAAACAGUAUGUUAAAAGGACGUGGUAUAAAAAAUUUGUCGGAGUGCAGCUAUGUAACUCUCUCAGAUACAAGAUUUAUUUGAGUGAUUCCCUCACAGGCAAGUUUUACAACAUAGGAGAUCAGAGGGGCCAUGGAGAAGAUCACUGCCAGUUUGUGGAUUCAUUUUUAGAUGGUCGCACAGGACAGCAACUCACCUCUGACCAGUUACCCACCAAAGAAGGCUAUUUCAGAGCUGUUCGUCAGGAACCUGUCCAAUUUGGAGAAAUAGGUGGUCAUACCCAAAUCAAUUAUGUCCAGUGGUAUGAAUGUGGGACCACAAUACCUGGAAAAUGGUAGAUGCAACAAAAUUAUUUCCAAAGUACUUCUGGUUCAUUAUCGCAAAAAGAAACAAUAACAAAAAGAACCCAUCGGAAAUAAUGGUAUUUGUCACACCUAUUCAAAGCUAUUUUUGUUUCCUAUCUAUAAGUUUGCAGUCUAACUGAUAGUAGUACUAGAUGUUUAUUAUUAGAAAAGAUUACUGAGAAUAUUUAUCAGGUUUUACAAAGUCAUUUUUAAGAAGCAACAUAUUAACAUUAAUAGAAUAACAUUUUAGGGAAGCAGGCUCCCUAUUCAUAUUUUAAAAGAUCAUUUGUAUAUUAUUUAUCACACUGUUGUAAUGUUUUCAGAUACUUUUAUAACAAAAUUGUCAAAAAUCUUUAAUCUUUAUAAAAAGUAUUUACUUUAUUGAUGUGUAUGUGUUGUUGGUGAAUUAAUUCCAUAAAUCUCUUCUUGGUUUAACUUAUUGGAUCAAAUAAUCUUCAGCAUAUACAUGUGACAGAACGCAGCUCAAAUACUUACGUUGAUGUAAACUUGCAUUUUUUAGAAUCAGAUGAGCAGAUUUGAAGUUUAAAUAGUUAUAUAUUCAUGCUAAUAUUUCUGUAAGUUACCAGCAAAUUAUUGCAAAAAGCCUGAAUCUGUACAAUUUUAUUUCAGCCAAAAACAACUGAUAAUCUGAUAUUUGUCAAAUGAUAAAUGUCUUUAUUCUGUACCCAUACUAUUAUGUCUACAAUUAUUUUUUCAGUUUUUUUAAAUGGCUCUAUUCAAUCUGUAUGUAGAGACUGAGUGUGAAGUCAGCAUGACGAGAAAAUGCAUGAUGAGAAGCCAUUAUAGGAUAUAUUAUGUAUUUAUAUAUUUAGGCCAUGAAUGAAUGCAUCACAGAAUGUUUUUUGUGACACUGUUUACGUAAGCUGUAACAAAACCGACUCAUUUCAUGAAGAAAAGCAUUGCUUCCCUUCAUGUGCAGGAGGGCGCCAGGAAAAAUCACUGCUUGCCCUGAACAGACUUUUCUCUGGGUGUAUCUUUCAACAUGCUUCAGUUUUAUCGAUGCUACAUUUUGUAUUUUCAAGCAAGUAUAAACACUGCAAUAAAAAGAUGUAGGUUUUUAAAAACGUU